GCGUUUCUUGAAUGGCACAUGUAGAUUUGGUUCCAGGUGUAUAUAUCGACAUGACUGUAUGCCGCCAGUUCAAAUAUGUAGGUACUUUCAGAAAGGUAUAUGCUGGUAUGGUGAACGCUGUAGGUACGUCCAUGUCCUUCACCCCGAAGUUGAUGCAGCUGUUGCACCUAGAAGAGGAUCCAUGCCUACCGUUUCCUCCUCCAGUGGGUCUUACGCUCCACCUGACAGAAGAGGGUCAGAGCCAGCUCUUUUGCAGGCUGCGGUGACGUCCAGUAGCCGAUCACAGUUGCUGGUUCAUAGGUCAUAUCCUCAACAGAACAACGAGCGUGUGGCUGCAGAUAUUGCCGAGGAACAAUCACAAGAUGCUCGCACUCCUCUCUCUGCAUCUUGGGAAUCGGUCCAGAGUUCAGAAGAUGCUCAAGCAUGUGCAUGUAACGAGAGAAAUGAGCAGGAGAUUUCUUCUAAUGAAGCAGCAGUCAAUGGUGCAGCUGCUGCAGCAGCCUCUAAUUCCCUGAAGAUUAUUGAGGCAAUAGAAGCCUCCCUCCAGAGCAAAAGCGUGACCUGUGGCAUCUGCAUGGACAAGGUGUAUGAAAAGCCAGAUCCAAGAACCCAUGUUUUUGGAAUCUUGCCAAACUGUGAUCACCCCUUCUGUUUACAAUGCAUUAUGACCUGGAGGAAAACAAAAGACCUCGGCCCAGAUGUGGUUAAGAGCUGCCCACAGUGCCGAGUGAGGUCUGCCUUCUAUGUGCCUCACAGACACUGGGUUGAAGGACGAGCAAAGGAAGGUGUCAUUGCUGCCUUCAAAGAGAAAUUCAGUAAAAAAAGAUGCAGUUACUACUCCCGAUAUGGAUGCUGCCCCUUCAAAACGGAGUGCCUUUAUCGGCACGACAAACAUGCCCUUCACGGAUCGUUUCCGUAUUAUGCGGAAGAAGAAGACGACUACGACAGCGUAGAUCUGCUUAACCUUUUCAUAGCCAUGACUCUUCUCGGUGAUGAUGAGGACGACGAUGAGGACGACGUUGGCAUUCCUUUCUACCUAUCUGAGGAGUAUAGUUUCUGAGCUGUUUCUCAUUUUUGUCAGUGCCUGAAACCACUGACUGGGUCAUAAUUCAAAAACUGUCCCAAGAAGAACCCAGGGCUGUGUUUUGACUGUUCUGUUCGUAUGGAAACCCCCUCUUGAUUAGCUCUGAACAAGAUCUGUGAUGUCAACCAUGCUCCAUGGAUGGCCCAGUUUGUUGGGGGUCACGCUACAGCAAGGAAUUUGACUGACUAGCACUCCUUCAACCAGAGAGGAACUUGUCUUUAAAAUCACCUGCUGAAGUCCCUGUUUGCAAAUGAGGACAUGUACACUUGUCUCUCUACGCCACAUGGUUGUUGCCACUGCUCUAGAUGUAAUCAUCCCUUAUCAGACUCAUCUUUAAUCUGUCUAAUUACCCUGUGGUUAAUCUGUGGCAUUCUAGUUUGGAUUUAUUUCACACCUGUGGCCAAGUGCUUAAAACAUGUAGCAUAAUUGUUUAACUUACCCUUAACCUCUGAACAUUGGGAGUAUUCAAUCCUGACUUCUCUUCUAGAAUUGUGCAUUUUUUUGGUAUUUUAAAGUGUUGUGUGGAUUGUUUUAAUUCUCUAUAGAUAAAAGUGUUCUACCCCUUCUUGCUAAUGUCCACUGCUGAUGCCUGAAGAGAUUUUCAUAAGAACCCUUUUCCUAGUUUUGGAAAGAAUAUAAAGAUGUUAAGAUUUUAUUACUUUUUUUAACAAGUUGUACUUGUACACAAAAAAAUAAACAUUGCUUCACACUUUGUCUCAAUAAAAAUGGUGUUGUGCU